CAAUAGAAUUAACCAAUAGAAUUUUACUCAACACAUGUAAGCAUAAAAAUUAUAUAUUGGAUUAGUGAGUACUAAUAACUCAUUGAAUAUAGGUCUCUGUUCAAUACUUGCAAGAAAAAACAUGAGUAAAUUUUUUAUAUCUGGGAUCCUUUUUCUUCAUCUACUAGUAAUCACGAGUUUUUAUGGAAUCAGAGCAAGAGAAUUAGUUGAAACAGAACACAAAGAUCAUGAACACAAUUUAAUGAUUCACAUGGACCCUUCUCUUAAAGUGUUCUUCACUUUAAAAGAUUUAGAAGUUGGGAAAAAAAUGGAAAUUUAUUUUCCAAAGAGAGACCCUUCAACUUCCCCUAAGUUUUGGCCAAAAGAAAAAGCUGAUUCAAUUCCCUUUUCAUUGAACAAACUUCAAACCCUUUUAAAAAUCUUCUCUUUUUCUCAAGAUUCUCCACAAGCCAAAGCUAUGGUAGAUACCCUUAGAGAAUGUGAGAGCAAACCCAUCAAAGGAGAACUCAAAUUUUGUGCAACUUCAUUAGAAUCUAUGCUUGAUUUUACUAAAAACAUUCUUGGGUCAUCAAAUGAUCUUAAAGUUUAUGCAACUUCACAUGAAACCAAAUCAUCAAGUGUCACUUUCCAAAACUACCCUAUCUUAGAAAACAUUAUAAAUAUUUCAGCUCCAAAGAUGGUAGCUUGUCACUCUAUGCCAUACCCUUAUGCUGUUUUCUAUUGCCAUAGUCAAGAAAGUGAGAAUAGGAUAUAUAGAGUCUCACUUGUUGGUGAUAAUGGUGAUAAGGUUGAAGCUAUGGUUGUUUGUCACAUGGAUACUUCUCAUUGGGGGCAUAGUCAUGUUUCUUUUCAGGUUCUUGGUCUUACUCCAGGAAUUUCUUCUGUGUGUCACUUUUUUCCAGCUGAUAAUUUUAUCUGGGUUCCUAAAGUUCAAGUUCAGGGUGUUUCUGCUAUAUGAUUUUAAUUUCAGUGUGGUGAUAAUUACAUAUGUAGCUAAAAAAUGUUUGAUGUUUGAUAUGAUUGUUGAAAUAAGUGCUCUCUUAUGAGCUAACUUAUAUAACAUUUGUUAUGGUUACAUGGAAUAAGUUUUCUUGUAAUUUUAGUCUAUACAUUAUUUUUAAUUAA